AUGGGUGAAAAAGACGAAAAGCAAGAUGUGAGAGUGAGUAAUGCUCCUUCGAGAAGUAGACCACAGAAGAAUCCGAAAAGAAGGACUAACAACAGAGGUACGCCUAGAGAUUCUGCCGUGAGGUCUAAGGGUCGAGCGCCUGCAAGGACUUAUGUCAUUCGUGCUCACAAAGAGGCAUCGUCACUGGAUGUAAUUAUGGGCACUUUCUCUCUUCAUGAUAUUUCUGUUGUUGCUUUGAUAGAUUUGGGGUCUACCCAUUUGUAUGCUUGUCCAACCUCAUGUUAUUGCCAUUUGAUGAAUUUGACGUUAUCCUUGGUAUGCAUUUGGUUGUCUACCUAUGAUGUCAUAGUAAAUUGUGGGAAGAAAUUCAUUGAACUGAAAUGUGAAAAUGGGAAUAUUGAAUCAGGUGAACCGGAUAGCUUACCUGUAGUGAUUUCUUCUUUGACUACUAAAAAAUAUAUGAGAAAGGGGUAUGAGGCUUAUCUCGCAUUUGUAUUGAAUACCCAAGUGAUAGAAGUGAAGAUUGAGUCAGUGCUAGUGGUGUGUGAGUUUUCGGAUAUGUUUCCAGAAGAGUUGCCCGGACUGCCUCUAGCUAGGGAAGUCGAAUUUGGUAUCGAGUUAGUCCCUGGUACUACGCUUAUAUCGAUUUCCCCAUAUAGGAUGGCACAGUUGGAGUUGAAAGAGUUGAAGGCUUAG